AGUGGAUCGGUUCGGCUGGUUGCGUCGAUGCUUGGCGAACUCGGGCCCGGCAGGAAGGCCGUUGGCCAUGUUUAUGGCUACCAUGGAACGCAGAUGGCGGGCGAUAGUGAACGCUAGCAUGCCGGAAGCUCGCGGAGACAUACGCGCUAUAAUCGGGCAGCCGUUUUUUGUCCCGCUUUUCAGCCUUUACCUUGUCUACGGCGGGGUGUUUCGCCUGUCAUUUGGACCAAAGAGGUUUGUGAUUGUAUCGGAUCCUGUUGUGGCGAAGCACAUUCUGCGGGACAACGCGAAGUCGUACUCUAAGGGAAUUCUGUCUGAGAUUCUCGACUUCGUGAUGGGACAAGGCCUCAUUCCCGCUGAUGGCGAGGUGUGGCUCACUCGACGCCGCACCGUUGCCCCUGCGCUGCACAGAAAGUACGUGAGCGCCAUGGUGUCGUUAUUCGGUGAGUGCUCGCAGCGCCUGUGCGACAAGCUGGAGAGAGCAGCAGACAAGGGGCACGUGGUGGAGAUGGAGUCCCUCUUCUCACGCAUGACCCUGGAUGUGAUCGGCAAGGCCGUGUUCAACUACGAGUUCAACUCGCUCCAAAAAGACACGGGGAUCGUGGAGGCGGUGUACGUGACUCUAAGGGAGGCGGAGGUGCGGAGCACGUCGCUGUUCCCCUACUGGAAGAUCCCCCCCCUGCGAGUGGUCAUGCCCAGCCAGCGCAAGGUCUCAGACGCCCUCACGCUCAUCAACAGCACUCUCAACGCACUCAUUGCCGAAUGCAAGCAAAUGGUGGAAGCAGAGGAGGAGGAGUUUUUCGAGGAGUAUUUGAACAAGGAGGACCCCAGCAUCCUGCAUUUCCUGGUUGCUUCCGGGGAUGACGUCACGAGCAAGCAGCUGAGGGACGACCUGAUGACGAUGCUCAUCGCAGGGCACGAGACGUCUGCUGCUGUGCUCACAUGGGCGUUUUAUCUACUAGCUCAGAAUCCUUCAGCAAUGGCGAAACUGCAAGCAGAGGUGGACGCAGUGCUGGGCGACAGGCAGCCCAGCAUCGAGGACUUCAAGAAGCUGCGCUUCACCACGAGGGUGAUCAACGAGGCCAUGCGCCUCUACCCCCAGCCACCCGUGCUCAUCAGACGUGCUCUUGAAGACGAUGUGUUGGGAGGAUACCCCAUCAAAGAGGGUCAGGACAUAUUCAUCUCCGUGUGGAACCUCCACCACAGCCCCGAGCUCUGGCAGGACGCAGAGGCCUUCCGGCCCGAGAGGUGGCCGCUUGACGGGCCCGACCCCACCGAAGUCACCGAGAACUUCAGCUACCUUCCGUUUGGCGGGGGUCAGCGCAAGUGCAUAGGAGACGUGUUUGCCACGUUUGAAGUCACCACAGCUGUGGCUAUGCUGGCCCGGCGGUUCGACUUCAACCUUGCCCCUGGCGCUGAGGAAGUGGGCAUGACAACGGGAGCCACCAUCCACACCACCAAUGGCCUUCUCAUGACUGUCUCCCGCAGAACCCCCCCACCUGCUCAGCCUCGCCUCUCCCUCCUCCCAGCCGCCGUCGCCUCUCCCUCCCAUCCCGCCAUGGCCUCUCCAUCCCGCCCCGUCAUAGCCGCUCCCUUCCUCCUCGCCGUCGCCUCUCCCUCCCUUCCCGUCGUCGCCUCUGGUGGGUGCACGAGCGUGAGCGCGUGUUGCUGA